AUGGUUGAGGCGGUUGUGCGUACGAACCAGUUGUUUGAGUCAUCCCAAGUGCAGGUGAAACCCAUGACCCCGAAGAGGCAGUGUUCGGUUAAGAAGUUCGACAUCGUGAAGGACGGCAAUCGCGUCGAGCACGUGCGGGGCUCAUCUUCCGAAAAGAUUGACUUGCAGCAAGAAGUUCUUACGUGGACCGCUGGAAUCUGGCGUGUGUGUCGUCAGUGCAAAUUAGUAGAAAUACUUUACCCAGGCUUUGCUACGAAGGUUCCACCAUUUUGCUCGGGGCAGUACGGCACAUGA